UUUCAGUUCAGUUGCGAAUUUCAUACAACGCGAGACGGUUGAGCAUUGAGCGCCGCUAGAAUUCCGAAAGAUACACUGCUUCAUUCCACAAAAAGUCAACCAAAAAACAUAAAAAAAAAGAAGUUUCGCGAUUAGGCGGAAAUUAGUCAAGCAAAUAAUUAUUCAUCUGUCCGUCCGUGCAAGUGAGAGUGUGUGUUCGCGUGCAAUCUCAAGUGAAAAGUGUUCGGGGGGUAAACCAGAUCAGAAACAAAGACAGCCCAAAGAUGAUUGAGAGACGCAGUCAACUGGACAAGAUAAUUAUCACUGCCAUGGACCGAUUCGUUUGGUUCGUCCUUCUGGUGGUGAUGUCCCACCUGGUCACGGAGUUCACCCGCGUCUCCGGCUAUGCCCGCGGUCAACGACACGAGCUUGUGCUGUUGAAUGAUACGAUGCUGCAACCGAUGCCAGUGCAGAAUAUGCUGCUCUACCCCAGCCGCCACGAGUAUGGUCAGUACCAACAGCGUCCUUCCAUGAACAGCCUGCAGCAGAAUGCGGCUCUUCUGUUCAGCAGCCUGGCGGCAGGAGCAGGAACGGGACCAUCUGUUGAGCCCAGCAGCAAUGCGGCCAUUCUGGCUGUGGGUGACAGCCAGCCAGCACACAAUUCCGAGCCCAGCUAUCCCCUUUUCAGUCUGCGCCCCUUAAUUGACAGCAUUUUCGAGAUUCCCAUUUCGACGCUGCGCGCUGUCAACAAUAUGGUGGGACGUCUGACCGGUGGCUAUCGGCAGGCAACGACGGAAGUGUCACAAAAAUCUGUGGCGGCAGGAACGGUCCUGCCCUCGGGCAAUCCCAGCUCCAAUCCCACCACCACCGGUUCGCAGUUCACGAUGUCGCAGCGCAGAGAAAUGCGCGAGGAGAUGUCGUAACUUAAAUCCCGAUUAGUUUUUAGUUGUGCAUGAAUGGUGGAGCAUUUCUCUGAGUGUAUGCUCGGGUGUUUUUCGUGUGUUUGUUUCGUGUGCAUUUAUGUAGUUUGUUUCUUAAUGUUUGACUUUUGUGAUAUAUGUGACGUUGUUGUAAGACUAGUUUAAGGAUGUUUAUGUCCGCCCCAAAAAAAGAAAAUCCAAAAAAAGUAUAUCUAUGUACAUACGUUUAAAAUAAAUGUAGAAAAAUAA